GAUGCGGAGUUUUCAAGAUUAAUUUGUGUAACUUUUUGAUUUUUUAAACUCAUAUGGUCUCUAGAUAAAUACAUCUUUAUUAAUUACAUUUUAUUUAAAUUAUUUACUACUUCUCAUAACGUAAAUCUACUAUAAAACAUGGCUGACGUGCUAGAUAUCGAAAAUUCAGAAGAAUUUGAAGUCGACGAAGAUGGUGAACAGGGAAUCGCUAGACUUAAGGAGAAGGCACGUAAGCGAAAAGGUCGUGGUUUUGGCAACGAAGCCGGUGGAGGCAGUGCUGCAGAACGGGGUAACCGCGGAAGAUACGACAGUUUAGCUCCGGAAGGCGAUAGCGGUACACCAGGACCUCAGAGAUCAGUUGAAGGCUGGAUCCUGUUUGUCAGUAAUGUACAUGAAGAAGCACAAGAAGAAGAUAUACAGAAUCAAUUUUCCGAGUUUGGUGAGAUAAAGAAUAUUCAUCUGAAUCUGGACCGACGCACAGGCUUCCUCAAAGGCUACGCUCUAGUUGAGUACGAGACUUAUAAACAAGCCGCUAGUGCACGUGAAGCAUUGGAUGGCGCAGAUAUACUCGGCCAAGCGAUAUCAGUUGAUUGGUGCUUCGUCAAGGGACCCACUAAAUCACAUAAGAAGAGACGAUAAAAAUAAUUGUAAUCUGAUUACCAUAGUUUGUCUCAUUUUAAGUUAAGGAACAUUCUUGAGUGCGACAGAGACUGUAUGCAUUUGAACACUGCUGAGCUAAGUAUGGGAAUGGGUGUCUUGUUCUUAUUUUUCAACAUUCAUUAUCAGGAAUAUAUAAAAAAAAUACCAAAAUAAUUUAGUCAGAGGGUCUGCGAUAAUGUGUAUAAGCUGAGACUUAACUUUCUAUGUACAAUAAAAUACCUACACAUAAACCAAACUAGUGUUCAACUAUUAGCAUAGGUAUUCAAUGUUCGCAGUGCAAGUUUGGCAGCAGAUAUAAAUAAAAACCUUUGAUGUUAAAUUUUAUAUUGGGUAUGUUAUAUUCCUGAUCGCACUUUCAAAAUGGAUUGUCAAUGGAUAAAAAUUAUAUAAUCAGAUUCCACUGCACAAAACGAAAGAUAUUCUUAAAUGAAGAUGUUAGAGUAUUAAAAGGUUUCAAAUAGUUAUGUAAUUCACUUUUUCAUUUCUUUUUAAUGAUUCUAAAGUUCAAAGGAAUAUUCUUAGAAAUUAUUAAAAGGAAUUUAUAGUAAAGAAAACUGAAAAUGUUCUUUAAUAAGUUACUUUAAACAAAAUUGAUACAGAUACAAUAUAAUCAAAUAACAUUACAAAAGUUGUAAUAAUUAUUAUUGUGUUACAUUCGAGUAUCAAUUAAAAAACGACCAGUUAUUUUAUGAAGAAAAAAGUGCAUUUCUUAACUCAUGAUUGUAAUUUGCUAUAAAAUAAAAUUUAACUCUU